CACAAUAAUCAUGGCGGCUCACGUGUAGCAGUUUUCCUGGUUAGAAAGCCUUCAGUUUUCUUAGGUUUACACCCUUUACUAGAGAUGUUUGGAGACUUGUUUGACGAAGAGGAAGAUUUCUCAUUCCUAUCAAACAGCACAACUAGUGAUGGGAAAAAGACGAAACGCAAAGAUUCUGAAAUACUAGAACCGCGUGGAGAGACUGGACUAAGUGGCCUUAGGAACCAGGGAGGCACAUGCUACCUAAACUCUCUGCUGCAGACUCUGCUUUUCACCCCAGAAUUUAGAGAAGCCCUGUUUGCCUUGAGCCCUGAAGAGCUUGGAUCCCUGGAAGAUAAAGAUGUGGAAGAUUCCAAGGUUCGGAUCAUUCCAUUACAGUUACAACGGCUUUUUGCUCAACUUCUCCUUGUGGAUCAACAGGCUGCAUCAACCGCUGACCUCACAAGCAGCUUUGGCUGGGAUAACAAUGAGAGACGGAGUCGUCAGCCGCCUGCUCGACUCAGCCCCAAUCCAGCCCGGGCCACUGCCUACUGCCUGCAAAGAGACCCAUACCACGAAACAUCCACUCCUGCAGUGUGGAGAGAAACCAACCCCGCAGAUGAGGACUUCGGGAUACUACACGAAGUCAACCCCUUGCAAGCAGCCACUACGGACAACCGACGGCAUCACUAG